AAGCUACUAGUAACAAGUUUCACGUCUUUCAUUUGGCCCUGAAAGGAAUCCCCUGGAGGCUCCUCACUCUGAGACGACGGCGGGGAGCCUUUUCAAUUGGUGCUUUCCCACUGCAAAUACAAUGUUUAGGAAGCUCUGCAUAGGGAUGGGAAGACUCAUCGCUGAAGCACGAAUUGCAGAACACAGUUCAGCAAUCUCCAAUGUAACAACGAGCAAAAACCACAAACCAGGCAAGUCAGUGAACGCAUACGGCAAUUGGAAAAUGGACAACUUUGGGAUCGAUUGAUCGAUUGGACAGUGAAGAGGCCACAUCUGAACCAAGUUUGGAUUUUCAAUGAAACAAACAUGUUUGGCCUCGUUCAAGGGUAGUCAUGGGUAGUUCAUUGGUCAGGUUGCGAGUUGUUGCUUUAAUAUGCUUUAGUAGUGGACGGACGAACCAUUUUGAGUCCAAAUGUCCAAUCAUUCCAACCACUUGCGAUGUGUGUUGACAGUCACUUUGGAGAACAUGUCAGUGCACGCUCCUGUUCCAUUGCCUCCACUUCAGAACAACAGUCAGUAUUGUAUGAAACAUCCAGUCGUUCAGCCUUCCGGAACUUGCAGUGUGAGAGAAGACGGCCGUGAGGUUGGAGGAUCAAGCCCAGCCAGGGAAUUGGUGAGGAAAUUUGUUCGCGACAUGCUUAACGGAAAAAAUGCCACGAUUCCACCGGCUUGGCCAGGCAUGUGCGGACAGAAUGUCAUUGUUUCGUUGGACAAACGCAUGAAAAAGCUUUGCGUGCGAUCUUCUGAUCCCACUGCUGACGUCUCUGUACAGCUGGCGGUGCCGCUCACAAGCAUUGCCAGUAUUGCGUUUGGCUGCUGCAGCCCUGGUGAGGGCCGCCUCAUGGCCACUGAGCUCUCCGUCACCAUUUUCUUGGAUGAAGGCUAUGGUCCAUCAAUCGUGUUGGAGUUCAUAGAUUUGGAGGAGCGUGACACUUUUGCCAUUUGCCUCUCGAUGUUUGUGGAUGGGAGAAAGGUUGAAGUGGAUUGCAGAGAGAAACGGUCUCUCUAGAGGAGUGGUUGAACACUCAGUGAGCUUUCCUGUGGAACUGGUCCACCAUGGCAGUGGCGAUGAACAGCGCGCCGAGAUCCAGAAUCCACAGACCAUGAAUGCACAAUCUGAUCAAUGAAUUUGGUUUCCUGAAGGUUGUAGAUUUGAAAUCAUUUGAAAUCGUUGCUACAGAAGGUAGCAACCAGAUUCUUUAUCCAGUGGCACUGUUCCAGGUGGUACUUGUAAUUGUCUCAUGCCUACGGC